UAAAAGCAGGGUUGCACCGAUUUGACAGCUCAUACUUGGUGUAUAGCACGUUUCCGGUCUUUCUUUCCCUUUCUUUUACCAGCGUGUGCAGUGACUAGUAAAAGAUGCCUGCUCCGGUCGCCAAGAAACCAGCAGCGAAAAAGCUGCCAGCUGUGCCGGAAUCGAAGCUGAAGUUCAGCAAGAAACAAAUCACCAAGCGGGUGGCCGACUCCAAACGUCGCCUGAAGAAGGCUGCCGUUAUUGCCCUGCGCAAGAAGGAGAAUUUGGUUCGCGCCGAGAAGUACCAGAAUGAGUACAUCAAGGCGGAGCAGCGUGAGAUCAAGCUGCGUCGCUUGGCCAAGAAGCGCAACCAGUUCUACGUCCCCGCUGAGGCGAAGUUGGCCUUUGUGGUCCGUAUCCGUGGUAUCAACAAGGUGGCUCCCAAGGUCCGUAAGGUCCUCCAGCUGUUCCGUUUGAGGCAGAUCAACAACGGUGUGUUCAUCAAGCUGAACAAGGCCACCAUCAACAUGCUCCGCAUCGCCGAGCCCUACAUCACCUGGGGUUACCCGAACCUCAAGUCUGUGCGGGAGUUGAUCUACAAGCGUGGAUUCGUGAAGCACAGCCGUCAGCGCGUGCCAAUCACCGACAACUUCGUCAUCGAGAGGAAGCUGCGCCAGGCCCACAAAAUUCAGUGCGUCGAGGACCUCGUUCACGAGAUCUUCACCGUUGGUCCCAACUUCAAGUACGCCUCCAACUUCCUGUGGCCCUUCAAGCUAAACACUCCCACCGGUGGAUGGCGCAAGAAGGCUAACCACUAUGUCAACGGCGGAGACUUCGGCAACCGUGAGGACCAGAUCAACCGUCUGCUGCGCAAGAUGGUCUAAGGGAUUCAUUUGAUCCAUGUGCUGAAAUAACAACAACAACAGCCGCGGUACGAUGUAAGCAGUGAGAGAAAAUAAAAGUUACUUUUAUAAACCCA